AUGGCGGCGUUCGGAGCUUUGUUGACAGUUCCUAUCGGAGGACAGCUACUCGAUUCUACCACACCGACAGUACUUGUUGGAUUUUACGCCGCUGUGUUGUUCGUAGGGUUCCUUAGUAUUGUACUGUCGCGAUGGGCACUACUUGAGUGGAGCUGGAAGUAG